AUUUCACUUGGCAGAAGAGGGGAGGUCUCUUCCUUAUAUAUCUCACCUAAAAUCUUCCGAGAAAAUAGCUCCAAGCUUAUUAUUGGAAAGCAUAUUUCGAAUUCCAGAAGUAGAGAGGACACCAACUCAAGAGUACACCAGGGUAACGGCCAUGGCUGCGAAACCCAAGCUUUACUACUUCAACGGGAGAGGCAGGAUGGAGACCAUCCGGUGGCUGCUGGCGGCUGCCGGGGUGGAGUAUGAAGAAAAAUUGUUCGAAACCCGUGAGGAGUUUGAAAAUUUAGUGAAAGGCGGAACCUUGAUGUAUCAACAAGUGCCGAUGGUUGAGAUCGAUGGGAUGAAAUUGGUCCAGACCAGAGCCAUUCUAAGCUACAUCGCUGCAAAAUAUAAGCUGUAUGGGAAGGACCUGAAGGAGAGAGCCCUGAUCGACAUGUACGUGGAAGGGAUGAGGGAUCUGAGCGACAUGAUUAUGUUCUUUCCCCUCUCGCUGCCCGCGGAGAAGGAGAUGAAUCUUGCCUACAUCCUUGAGAGAGCCACCACCAGGUUCUUUCCGGCCUACGAGAAGGCUUUAAGAACCCACCGGCAAGAUUUUCUGGUCGGUAACCAACUCAGCUGGGCAGACGUACAACUCCUUGAAGUCAUUUUAAUGACGGAAGAAUUGAAGCCUAACAUCCUUUCUGAAUUCCCCCUGCUUCGGGGAUUCCAGACCAGAAUCAGCAACAUCCCAACAAUUAAGAAAUUCCUGCAACCCGGAAGCUUGAGGAAACCAGCAUUGGAUGAAAAGUCUCUCGAGGUCUUAAAAAGCAUUUUCAAACUGGAAAAGGGCUUGUUGCUUAAAAAUAUGGGCUCCAUAUUAGCUGAGUACUAGCGAGUAGGCUCCCGAGAAGAGACACGGUAAUAGAUAUCGCAAUUUUAGAUCACAGCAUCAUCAUCAGGAAGGCCAGAGUAGGCCGGUGUAGUAUUUCCAGGAUACGAUGUCUAGAAGAUUGAUAUGUACGCAACCAUCUGCAUUUGAUAAAGCUGAAAUUCCAUUCUAAUUAUUUGCUGAGAGGUAGAGAAUAAAGCCAAAUAAAAGAAAUCUCCUUUUUCUUG